AUGCAGGCCCUUGUGGCAAAGGUGAAGGAAUUGUGCGACGGGAACGGCUCGUUUCUGCUCUCUGCCCUUGAUGCAUUCUCCACUCUUUGCCUUGCCGAAGAUCUGCAGGCUGACUUGAAGGAGCUCUUCCCAAGCUUCCUAAUGCUGGCUGGAGUCCUGGUCGCUUCUGCCUCUGAGGCCGCCCAACAGGGGGGGCGCCAGAUGUAUACCGAGCUGUUCUUGGAAUUUGAGGAUGCAUAUGCUCGGCAGGAAGUGUUGCGGUGCCUUCACACGCAUCUGGGCUCCAGAAUAGCAGCACAGACAAGCGCAGCCAUCGAGACUCUGCUGCAGCUUGCUUCCAGCAAUGUUGAAGCCUUGCUGAGCUAUGCUGCAUUCCUGACCAGCAUCAUGGAGUACUUGGAGGACUAUGAUUCCAAGCAACUCCAUCAGCUGCAGGUGUGUCAGCUCUUCAGUGCACUGGUGGUGCAUGCGGUGCGAGGCCAGCACGAUAGCAGGCAGACCUCAAGUCUGGAGAACGAGUACCAGAUCAUGCUGAGGAAGUACAUAAGGAGCAUGUCGAUUCAGACCUGCCGCAUUGGGAUUAUUGGCACAGUGUCUCUGAUCGAGCAGCUGGCUGCAGCCGUCGAGACCGGAGAUGAUGCCUUUCAGCAGCGCUGCAUCUCAAGCGCAACAGAGAUCCUUGACCAUGCUCUGAAUGCCUGCAAGGCUUCAUCUGACCAGCCUGCCUCUGUCUUUGCGCUUCUGUGCGAUGAACUCGCCAGCAUUGUUGCCAAGGGACAUGUGGGCAGUGCCCUGCUGGAGCACAUGCGCUGCCUUGCCACUGAUGAGCUUCAGGCGAUGCUGUGCGACGUCGUAGAUGGCAACAUUGAGGCUUCAGCCAACCUACCUACACUGGAGCUCAGGGCCACAAAUAGCUUGGAUGGCUUGACGGCCAUUCUUGGCUGCAGCCUGUGCCUCCCUCUGCCUUCCUCUCUGGCAGUUAAGCAGCUCUCUGCAUCAAGCGCAGAGCAGCGGCAAAUGGCGUGCCUGAGUCUCUGGCAUGCUGUGAACUGGCUGCGAGAGGUUGUCAAUGCCUUCUCUUGCGACAACACUGGGAGGGCGGAGGAUCCAGACUUGGAGCAGAAGUUGGUGCUGCGGCUGCAACACCUCUGUCAAUUGGAAGCCCUGUUAAAUGUUGUGCUCAAUUACGCGCCUGCCACGCUUGAACUCCCUACCUGCCAAGGCACCACCGCCUCCCUACCUGCUGCCACAACAAGUACAAAGGCCAAGAAGAAGGGUCAGGGCAAAGGCACGCAACAGGAGUCUGAGAGGCAUGGCGAAGACCACACAGACAUUGAGGAGCAGUCGCUGGAACACAAGGAAAACGCCCCCAGCAAUGUCCACCAGCCUUCGCAGACACAUGUCGAUAGGCAGGAAGACAGGCUGGCGCUUGUCCGGAGGCACCUGCGCCCCCUGUGCUCCUCAGCUCUGCGGCUCAUGAGCGUGCUGACGGAUGUGACACCUGCCAGCAUGGCACUUGCGCCCCAGGUCUACUUGAUCUCUGAGCUGCUGCGCGCCGUGGAGGUGCACCUGCCAACAGCGAACAAGAACCCCUUUGCUAAGCCAGUCACCCAUGCAUGCGCACCCGGCCUGGGUAUAUCGUCCCGAAAGGAACUUGUGCAGCUGUUGGAGUCAUGCAUGCCCGCCAUUCAGAAGAUGCAGCAGGCCGCCCACAGCUUCCUCCAGGACACAGAGGGAGCAGGAGAUGCAGCAGAGGUUGCCAGACUGCCUGGCUCUGAAAUGGCCAUGGAGGACAGCUUGCUGCUGGAUCAGGACAUCGCGCUGGAUACCCUCAACGCAUUCGCUGCAGCAAGCCGGCUGUCGACGCUCACCUUGCAGCUCAUGCAGACCAUCACAGCCUGCAAGGAAUUGCACUUGGCGACUCACCAGCGCCUUCUGGUGGCCUUCCUGUCUGCUUUCUCAGAGGAGCCAUCACCGGCUCGAGGGGCCUCACCUGCACCCUCCAGUGAGCAGGUGCUGGAACUACUACAAGGCACAUUCAGAUACACCGAAGGCUUAUCAAGGGGCAGCGAGGGCGAGUUUGAUAAGGAACUGCUCAUCGUGGAGGUGCUGCACAAUCUCGUGCUCCUCAGCAGCAAACUCAAGGAGACUGACGCAGACCUGGAAGGGAGGGUGAGCGGUGCAGCUGAGGCAGUGCUGCAGAAUGACUGGGAGCACUGCCCAGCAGCGGCCCCCGGCAGACACAAGCCUCGGCAGGGCGCUGGCUGUGGCUGGAAGGGCCGCACCGCAGCCAUUGCCACUCUGCUCAGAUUCCAUGUCGUGCACCACAACAGCCCUCUGGCCACGCUGCUGAAGUUGGCAGAGGACCUGAUGCCAUCCAUGCUCAGCGACUCGGAUCAUGCUGCCCUGAGUCCAUCAAGCCUGGGCACAUGGUACAAGGCCCUCUUCGAGGUGCUUCUGCAGAAGUGGGAGAGCAUAGCAAAGGAGCUGACCGCCAGCAAUGCAGCCGAUGAUGUGGAGGCAACUGUUGAGCAGGCUUGCCAGUGUGCAAAAGUCUUUGCUGCCCUGAAUCAGGUCACAAAGACUCACACAGACAAGCAGGUGCACCUGCAAGCAGUCAGGUGCGGGGGGCGAUUUCUGGAGCUCUUCAUGAAGCUGGCCAAGUUCUGGAAGGGGCUGGUGAACGGCGACGACCACGGCAUAGAGCAGUUCACGGAACUGGCUCAUGACAUGCAGAAAGGCACGCGCAUCAUGCAGAUACUCUGCUCCGAGGCCAAGUGCAGGAAAGAGCUGGGCAUCGUUGCCAAGGUGCCGCAAGUGAAAAAGAGGCUGGAGCAGAGCAUUUUCCUGGUGAAAGGCCUGCUGCAGGCUUCAGGGGUGGUACAGACUGUCCAGGUGGGCAACCUCAAGCACAAGGACCUCUCAGGGAGGGUCGUGGCAUCGCAAGCGUAUGUUGAGAGCUCCUCUGAGGAUAGCGAGGAGGACGGGGAGGGCGAGGAUGGGAGAGACGGUGCUGAGGAGGCCGACCAAGAUGAGCAGGAUGGUGCAGAAUCGGGCGAAGAACUGGAUGACUGA